AUGGCCACCGCUGGCCAGGACAGUGGCGGUUCGCAUUCAGAGUCCAAAACCACCCGCACCGACCACAUCGACCACACCGACCACACCACAGACCAGCUCACCGUACUCAUCGGCGCCGAGGAUGACCAGACAUUAUUCACCAUCGACCAGAAAGUCGCCUGCGCCAAAUCCGACUUCUUCAAGGUCAUGCUGCGGAGCGGUCGCUGGAAGGUGUCGAUCGAGGGAGUGGCGAAGUCUCCCGAGGUUGACGAGGACGUCUUCUCAAUCUACGCCAACUGGCUGUCGACCGGAAAUGCCGAUUUGCAUCUCUCUAUGGACCCCUCAGUGACCUUCGCGGACGAAUACCCAGACGAGAGUGGAUCGUUCGUUAGGGUCGACAAAAACGACAAGAACAACUCCGCUCAGAGCCUGUACAUGAUCGCAAUCGACGCCUUUGCGCUUGGUGAGAUGCUCCAGGAUUUCACCUUCCAAAACGCGGUCAUGGACAGCACCAUCCAGGUCGUGAAGCAGUACCACUGGUACCCCGGUACCUUCCCUCAAUCCACGCCUCUCGGAGCCUACCCCUCAAGUCGACAAUGA